AUGGCACACGAGCACGGUCCGGAAGAACAACACGAAGCGGGCCCCAAGCAUGAGCUGAGCCACUGGGCCAAGCGGGCGUACGCCAUGCGCGACAUCCUGAUCGAGAAGGGUGUGGUGACCGAGGAGGACAUCCGCCAGCAGGCGGAGUUCGCCGAGUCCAAGACGCCGGCCAACGGCGCGAGGCUGGUGGCCCUGGCCUGGACCGACACGGACUUCAAGGCCCGGCUCAUGGCCGAUCCCAAGAAGGUGUGCGCCGAGAUGGGCAUCGACGCCAGCACCUUGAACGAGUUCGUGAUCCUGGAAAACACGGACCGGGUCCGCCACAUGGUGGUGUGCACCUUGUGUUCGUGUUAUCCGCGCCCGAUCCUCGGGCGGCCGCCGGACUGGUACAAGAGCUUCAACUACCGCAAGCGGGCGGUGAACGAUCCGAGAGGGGUGAUGCGGGAGUUUGGGCUCGAGGUGCCCGGCGACGUGGAGGUCCGGGUGCACGACAGCACCGCGGACAUGCGUUAUCUGGUGAUCCCGGAGCGCCCGGCGGGGACCGAGGGCCUCGGUGUCGAAGAGCUGGAGAAGCUGGUAACCCGGGACAGCAUGAUCGGCGUGAUGGACGCAUUGCCCGCCGUUCCGUGA